ACGCCCGCCGACGCGCCUGCGCACUGCCCGCCGCCCGCGGGUCUGGUCGGCGCUUGCGUGGUGGCACAGGGGAGUGGGGGGGCGAGGAGGUGGAGGAGGAGGAGGAGGAGGAGGCGGCGGCGAGAAGAUGGCGACUUCGAACAAUCCGCGGAAAUUCAGCGAGAAGAUCGCGCUGCACAACCAGAAGCAAGCGGAGGAGACAGCGGCUUUCGAGGAGGUCAUGAAGGACCUGAGCCUGACGCGGGCCGCGCGGCUCCAGCUCCAGAAGUCCCAGUACCUGCAGCUGGGCCCGAGCCGUGGCCAGUACUACGGCGGGUCCCUGCCCAACGUGAACCAGAUUGGGAGCGGCACCGUGGAUCUGCCCUUCCAGCCCAGCGGAUUUCUGGGGGAGGCUCUGGCAGCGGCUCCUGUCUCUCUGACACCCUUCCAGUCCUCGGGCCUGGACACCAGCCGAACUACCCGGCACCAUGGGCUAGUGGACAGAGUGUACCGGGAGCGUGGCCGGCUGGGCUCCCCGCAUCGCCGGCCCCUGUCAGUGGACAAACACGGAAGGCAGGUGGACAGCUGCCCAUACGGCACCGUGUACCUCUCGCCACCUGCGGACACCAGCUGGAGAAGGACCAAUUCUGACUCCGCCCUGCACCAGAGCACAAUGACGCCCACCCAGCCAGAGCCCUUUACGGGUGGGUCCCAGGAUGCGCACCAGAAAAGAGUCUUACUGUUAACAGUCCCGGGUAUGGAGGAGACCGCGUCAGAGACGGACAAGAAUCUUUCCAAGCAAGGAUGGGACACCAAGAAGACGGGGCCCAGGCCCAAGUCCUGCGAGGUUCCUGGAAUCAACAUCUUUCCAUCCGCCGACCAGGAAAACACUACAGCCCUGAUCCCCGCCACCCACAACACGGGGGGCUCCCUGCCUGACCUGACCAACAUCCACUUCCCCUCCCCCCUCCCGACCCCCCUGGACCCCGAGGAGCCCACCUUCCCUGCGCUGAGCAGCUCCAGCAGCACCGGCAACCUGGCGGCCAACCUGACGCACCUGGGCAUCGGUGCCGCCGGCCAGGGGAUGAGCACCCCUGGCUCCUCACCGCAGCACCGGCCGGCCGGCGUCAGCCCACUGUCGCUGAGCACAGAGGCAAGGAGGCAGCAGGCCCAGCAGGUGUCGCCCACCCUGUCCCCGUUGUCGCCCAUCACUCAGGCCGUGGCCAUGGACGCCCUGUCUCUGGAGCAGCAGCUGCCCUACGCCUUCUUCACCCAGGCGGGCUCUCAGCAGCCGCCGCCGCCCCAGCCUCAGCCCCCGCCGCCCCCGCCGCCAGCCUCCCAGCAGCAGCCGCCCCCGCAACCCCCACAGGUGCCUGUCGGCCUCCCCCAGGGCGGCUCCCUGAUGCCGAGCGCCAGCCUGACACGGGGGCCCCAGCUGCCCCCGCUCGCGGUCACGGUACCGUCCUCUCUCCCCCAGUCCCCCCCAGAGAACGCGGGCCAGCCACCGAUGGGGAUCGACAUUGCCUCGGCCCCGGCUCUGCAGCAGUACCGCACUAGCGCCGGCUCCCCCGCCAACCAGUCUCCCACCUCGCCCGUCUCCAAUCAAGGCUUCUCCCCCGGGAGCUCCCCGCAACACUCCUCCACCCUGGGCGGCGUGUUUGGGGAUUCAUUCUAUGAGCAGCAGAUGGCAGCCAGGCAGGCCAAUGCUCUGUCCCACCAGCUGGAGCAGUUCAACAUGAUGGAGAACGCCAUCAGCUCCAGCAGCCUCUACAGCCCAGGUUCGACGCUCAACUACUCCCAGGCGGCCAUGAUGGGCCUGACGGGCAGCCACGGGAACCUGCAGGACACGCAGCAGCUCGGCUACCCCAGCCACAGCAGCAUCCCCAACAUCAUCCUCACAGUGACAGGAGAGUCCCCUCCCAGCCUCUCUAAAGAACUGACCAGCACGCUGGCCGGGGUCGGUGAUGUCAGCUUCGACUCUGACAACCAGUUCCCCCUGGACGAACUCAAGAUUGACCCCCUGACCCUGGAUGGACUGCACAUGCUCAAUGACCCAGAUAUGGUCCUGGCCGACCCGGCCACCGAGGACACCUUCCGGAUGGACCGUCUGUGAGCGGGUCGCGCGGCACAUGGCCGCCCAGCCCCCGGCUCUGUCACCCCGCCGGCCAGUGGUCCCGACGGCAUCGCCCCGAGCCUGGGGACAGCGGCGCUCCGUCCCUUGCAAACGGCCGAGCUUGUGAUUCUGAGCUUGCAAUGCCGCCAAGCGCCCCCCGCCCGCCCCCCCGGUCGUCCACCUCCCGCGUGAGGCCGCGCGUCGUCGCCCCCGCGGACCCUCCCUGCUCUCUCAUCCCCUGUAAGCUGCGGGAAGCGUGCUGGGCAGGGCUGCCAGCCUCGGUGGGCACCACGCUCCGCGACGGUGGUGGGCUGAGGUGCAUCUUGCGACUGUUGUCCAGCUCUCACUGCCUUCCUUUGUCCCUGGUCCCCCUACCUGCCCGUGCCCCCAGCCCUUGGUUAGGUAGCGAGCCAGCCCCACCCUGCCAAAGGGAGAAAGUGCCAGAGAGAGGGGGGCGGACGUGAAGCGAAAUAAACACUAUUUGGACUGCUGUCUUUUAUAUUUCUGUGCACACACAGAAGGCUAGCAUCCAUCGCACGGAGGUGGGAUGCGAACGUGUGAACAGCAUGGGAAGCAGCUAAGUCUCCUCCAGGGUCCCUGCCUCUCCCGCCCACCCCCCACCCUCCGGCCAGGCCCCUCUGCGGCCACCUGUGCUGUGACACCCCCACCCCAGCCUGUCGGGGACGCACGUGGAGGCAGAUAUUUCUAGGGGGGGGUUUGCAACUUGUUUCAUCUUUCUUUCUUUGUACUGUGGUCACUGUUAACUAUUAUUUAAAGAAUGGGGUGGGGAGGGGGUGGCCAGGGCAUUUUUUGUUGUGUUUCUUUUCGUUUGUUUCUUUCAGUUUGUAUUUACAUUUUGGUUGUGGAUGAGUAACUGACUCCUUCAAGCCAACGCUUGCCUGAGAGCAUGUUUUUUUUUUACUCUAGAAAUCCAACCUUAUAUACUUGUGAGCUAACUGGAAGCAGCCUGCUGCCUGCCCAGGUCUGAGCUGCAUCUCCUGUCUUUUUAGUUUUGCUCCGUUAUCCCAAACCAGGACGGGAGGUUAGGCUGGCCUGGGCGGACACUCGGGUGAAAGCUGGCGUCAGUGGCCGGAAGUGCCUCCCCUCCGGUCCCGUAACCGACUUCCGAGGAGGAGCCCCGGCUUGCAUCAAGGGUCUCCUGAAGGUGCCAGCCAGUCCUCAGGGUGGGUCCACCCCAGACCUCGUGGCUGGCGGCAGCUGCGGCCCCUCUGCUCUGAGGCGCCCCAGAGACGAGCCUGUCCCCGGCAAGCCCGCCCCGAGAACCAGCCAACAUUCAUUCUCUCCCGCCAUCUCUUUGGUGGCCCCUCCCGGCAGGGCUGGCUUUGGAGGCAAAGAGUGGUGUGCGUUUCAGAGGAUGGUUUCCAGGUGCUUCUCAAGUGCCUCAGGAGGCCCAGGUGACCAUCUGUUGGGCUCACUGGUGCCCCAGAGGCCGUCCGUCUGCCCUCCAGGCCCUGCGAGCGGGCAGCAGGGCUGGUUUCGCAUUGUUUUGCUCUGGAGCCGGAACCUCUGUUUCGUUCCCUCCGACACUGCAUCUUGAGUUCUUACUUGUUCCUCUGCCUGCCAGCCGGGCUGGCCGCUCCCACCCGCUGCGUUUCCACCUCCAUCAGGGUCUCCGGAGCGCCCGCCUCGUGGCCAUCCCUCUCUCGUCCCCCAGCUGGGCUGUUAGCACCUAGCCAAGUGGCCACGCCCACGGGAAGCCCCCUGUCCUGUCACUUGGCCCCCACGGCUGUUGUCUGGCUGGGGGACACAGUGUCAGUCCAUCGGGGUCAGGGGCCUGUCUUCUUUGCGUGGCGGGGGCUGGGGGCAAAGAAUGGGGACUGGUUUUGUUUUGUUUUGUUUUUUUAAGAAGAACUACAUGUACAUAGAAGGGUUUGAUUACCAUUAGACUUGUAUGUAGAACUUUUAAAAAAAAAUGGCCUUAAUAAAAUUACAAACAACCUUCCUGGAUGCAACUUUCAAACAAGGCACUGGGGACCCCGUGAGGGAACCCCGUCAGCCCGCACUUCCCAUUGGCCCAGCACUGGGUUCUUGGUGCAGGUGGGCAGGGAAGGAGGGGUGUCCAGCCCCGUGGCCCGUUUCUAGCAUCCCUUGGCCAGGAGCACAGGUGACUUUGUAUUAACACGGCAGCCUCGGCCCAUGAGGGGCGUGGGUGCAGAGCUUUCCUGGGGAGGGGACCCAGCCAGAAACCAGCGGCCAGGCAUCCUCAAAGGCAUCCACUGCCCCCUCCUAGCGCCAGGCAGGCCUUUGUGGGGAGGGGGGUCUACAACAGGGGAUUUGGGUUUUUUCUUAAAUAUCACUUCUCUACUAAGUAUUCUUGAAUUGCCAAGACUUUUAGAAACAGGACAGCUUAGGGGAAUCAGCCCUUUGACUUGUGAUGUGAAAAUACUGUGAUUUCAGGCGAGCUGCGCCGUGAGGGGUGAGCCGGGGCCCCUGCGUCGUGUACAUAGACCCGCCACCGCGUCCUCACUCGCUGCGGCUGAGCUCCCCUCAUCUGUUCCUUGGGAGCGCGCGCCAUGCCUCGGUUUGCCCCCUGUCCUCUGAGCCCCCAGGGUGGGGAGUGUGUCCCCACCAUGAGGAUGGGACCUGGGAUGAGCCUCUUUCUGUGUUCCCCAGAGAGGAGAGCUUAUAUCCCUGCCCCCCAACCCCUGCCCUUCAGCUUCACCCCCUGCAGUGCCCAGGAUGGACUUGGGGGAGGAGAAGGUGGGUCUCUGGGCCACACCCCUGUCACAGGUGCCCGUGAGGAUGCGUGCCAUUACCAGAGGGGGGACGGCAGCACUGCUGGGGUAGAUCGCAGCACCCUCUCCACUUUCCCAGCUCACCUUGCUCCCGCCAGCACUCUCCUGAGCAAGAAGGGUGGGGGCCAGCCCCUUGGGGUAGAGGGCCCUGAGACCCUCAGUGGAAAACUCAGGGGGCAGGUAUAUCCUUCAGCAAAAUUUGGGGACCCACAGCCAGUAGUACCCAGAAGCUGGCCAGGCUCCUUGCUGGGGACAGACGCACAGCAGAAGGGACCCUGACUGCAUUGGGUCCAGCCCCCACCCCCACUGCGGUCCACAGAGCUCCCUGGGAGCAGGCCUGCAGGGCCGGAAGGCAGGGGCAGGGGGGUGUGUUCAUGGCUCUUUCCCUAAUGCCGCCUCUGUGCUAACCUCCAGCUUCCCCACUGGUCGUAGGGCAACCUGCCUGCCUGGUGGGCGUGCACAGGGCCUGGGAGCCCAGCUCUGGGUGCUUGGCUGGCUUUUCUGUGCUGUAACCUACUUGUGGAUUUUGAGGGCUGAGCCAGGAGAGUUUUGACAUCCUAGGUGUGUUGGGCCUGAUUGCUUCAGGCGGCCGACCUCCGAAGAGGAUGGCUGGCCAAGUGGGCCCAUCAUGAAGCCCAUGUGUCACAUGGGGGUGGGUGAGGAUGGUUGCCCAUUUGUCUGUCCAUCAGAUGCUGGUGAGACCCUUGCAUGGAGGAUGAGAGGUCCCGUGUCAUCUGUCCGUCCUGCCAGGGUAGCUGUCCGGUGUAGGGGCUGUGUGCCGGGUGCUGACUGGCUGCGGCCUGGUCACGGGAGAUGGGGGUAGGUGUGAGGCCCGUGGCGGGGCUGGGCAGGGCUCAGGCAGCGGGGAUGGCACCCUCUGUCCAGCAGCUGGGGCCUGAAGAGUCCCUGAGAUCAGUGCUCCUGAGGGGCUUCUGUGGACCCGGAGACCUCUGGGGGCUGAGUUCUGGGAUGCUACACUUCGCCCCAGAUUGCCACACCUGGGCUGACCCUGAGCUAGUUCAUAACCAGACAUGCUGCCAACCUCCUACCCCGACUCCGGAUUCUGACUUUUCUGCAUGUCCAAAGAAGGCGUCCCCACCCCAGGGUGCAGGCUGGGCGUGGUGAGGCCUGGUGGGGUUGGGAGACCCUCCACCUCCCCUGCCCCCACCCCAGUCAUGACAAAACGGGAGCACUCCCCCACUCCCUGGGUUCUGAGGGAGCUGUGGGCAGAGGCCUCGGGGUACCCUUGGCGUGGGGUUAGGGCACAGAGGUGCCAGGUCAACGGUACCUGGUGCUCUUGGGCGUGAUGCUCCAGGUGAGGGGGCUGUGGCCGCCGGAGCCUGCACCCCCGCCACACCACCUGAAGAGCUGGGGGGGGGUCUGGGUGCCUCCCUUACCCUGGGAGGCCUGCCUGGGGUGAGUGGGCAGCCUGGUCUGUUUCUGCCCUGUUCUGCUCUCAGUGGACCCUGGGCCCCCCCAGGGGGUCUCUCAGUGUAUGACAGGGGUCCCUGCGAUGUUCCUUCGUCAGUUUGGCCUGAGCCAGCUUUUUGGUUUCCUUCAGCUUUUGGGGGUGCUGACUGGUAGGGCUCACGCACCUCUCAUAACCAUUGUUGUGCCACAGGCGCCUGGCACAGACAGGAAUUCUCCCCCAGCAGAGGCAGGGUGAUCUGCACCCCCAGGCCUGGGCACUGGGGUACCUCUGAAGGCGCCAGGGGGUGGGCAAGACUCUUGCAACCCAGGCGUCAGUUCCUUCUUGUCCUUAGGAGCUCAGGCCCAUGGUCUCUGGGUCCCAGGCUCGUCCCAGGCAGGGUAGGAGGCAGGGGCUAGAUGUUAGGAGCUGAUUCCAGGCAGCUCCCCCCACCUUCUACCCAACUGACCAGCGCCCAGCACCCUGUCCCCAGGAGCCAGACACAGGGGUUGCCCUCCUCUCAUAGGGUUGUGGGAUCUGGGGGCAGUCGAUGCCCAGCCUGUCAUUUCUGACCUCCUGCCAGCUGGGGACAAGGGGACAUAGCUGUGGCACUUGCCACCGGACUUCGGGAGGGAGGGCUUUGGCAGCUGAGGUCCGCUGACCCUGCCACGCCCUCCGCAGGAAACUGCCCUUCCCCUUCCAGGAGCUGGGCAGUGCCACUGAUAUAUGCAAACCCUCCAGUCCCAGCCCUGUCCCACCUGUGUCCCUCUCCCCAGGCUGGCUCUGCCCCCCCCCAGCAUGUACAUUGUGCUGUAGAUGUCCCGUGGGCUGCACGCGUGGGUGCCCACAGCGGGCGGGGGCGGGCGCUCAGGGCGCACUCGGCCAGCCCCUGCCCAUCCUUUCUGGCGUGGACGCUAUCGUCUUUGUACCUUUGCAUCCUUUGUAAUGAAACGUAAUAAAAAUUCACUGUUUUCGUCUC